AUGGCCGCUCAAGGACGAUGUAACGUACCCUACGUCCCAGCAAUACCCAGUCUCCGUUACUUUAGGGGGCGCCAGAUGCACAGCGCCUGGUACCGUUAUCCUAACGACUUGCACGCGCGACGUGUCCUAAUAGUGGGAAACAAUUCGUCCGGCGCAGAUAUUGCGCGUGAGCUAUGCGGAGGAGCGGUACGAUCUUGGUCCUCAGAGGCUGGAUCCUCGGCACCAGUGUGUGUGUUUCAUUCGUACGCGCAUGUGGAUCAGCCACCGCCUAUGGACUACGACCCGCGCGAUCCAGCCAGUCCUGCAUGGUGCCGCAACAUUCACGUGGUUGGGCCCAUUGAUCACGUCGAGUCGGACGGCACGUUGGUGAUGCAGAGUGGCGAACAUCUUGCGGACAUUGAUCUGAUCAUUUGGGCGACGGGCUUCAUGUACCAGGCGCCGUUUCUUGUGCCUACUCAGGCACCAAUAUCAGAGGCGCCCCUAGUGGUGCAGGAUGCCCAUACACGCACGGCACCUGACGUACAGGCCGCCAGCGUCCUGCACAAUCUCGAUGAUUGGAUGCUAUUCUACAAGGCCGACCGUAGCUUGUGCUUCUUGGGCCUGCCGAACCGGAUCGUGCCAUUUCCAUUCACACAGCUCCAGGCCAGAGUGGCAGCACAUGUAUGGCUGCGGCAGAUCCCGCCGCUUCCCCGUGUACGAGCGCAUUUGCCAGUGAGUGAUCCGCAGCGAUGGGUCGUCGAGACACCGUCGGAACACACGGCACGUUCCGGCCCCGGACCGGACGUUUGGGGCGACUUGACCAUGGGUGCAGAGGCAGAAGCUGCCUAUGUGGCUGCGUUGCAGUCGCUACUCCCACCGAGCGACGAUCCUUCGUGGGCACCGCUGCCGACAUCCUGGCACACAAUGCGUCGGCAAGGCAAGGCGCUGCGCCGUGAGCAUCUCGGGUAUUGA